AUGCGCGUCCGCCAGAUCACCGCCGCCGACGCGACAGGAGCUCUCCGCGCCGAGCUGGCGCAGUGCAUGACUGCUUCCUUCUUGACCUACGACACGUGGGUCAGCAUGUGGGGUUCGGAUCCGGCCUUCACCGAGAGUCUGUUCUCCGACGCCAUCACCAAUGCUCUGCAGAAAUGGGAAGUGUGGGUGACGGAGGAGGAGGAAAAGAUCCUCGGCGUCGCGCUAUGGUGUCCUCCCGGCGUGGGCUUUGACACGACCUUCCUCCGCCGCUCCAUCGUCGCUCUCCCCCCAGCGCAUCGCGACCACUUCGUGUCCCACAUCUCGCCCCAGUUCCGGAUCAUGGAGACGAUCCUGCCCGGCCACGACGUCAAAUGGUGGUACCUCGCCUUCCUGGCGACGCAUCCCGACGCGAAGGGUAAGGGCGUGGGCACGGCGCUGCUCAAGGCCGGAGCCGAGCGGGCGGGGACUACGCCGCUCGCGCUCAGCACGGGAAACGAUGCCAACCAGGCGUUCUACGAGGGCAGGGGGUAUGUCAAGCGCGGUGAGGUGGGCGCCACGCUGGUAGACGGGUACGUGUGGACCGAGCGGCUGAUGGUGUGCCCUGGCGACGCGGAGAUCGCAUAG